AUCUUUUUUGCUGCUGUCGCAAGAGUACUCCCUGUUUAUCGAAAUUUUUAUUAAUAAUCGUUUCGGUGCUGCGCGGUAUUUUUUUCAAAUUUACUUGUAUCCCAGCUUACCUAAUAGUGUAUCGUUUAUGACAAAAGUUUUCUUAGAUUGCAGAAAAUAAAAAGUGUCAUGAUGGUAGCGGAAACGGGACCGGAUCUUGAGAAUGGGAACCAGCAGCAGCAACGUCGCCAUUCGAUACCGGUUCCCACAAACUACCGUAGCGCUGCGAAAAUUCUUCGGCGGGUAGUUGAGGAGCGACGAAAUGUUAAAUCUUUGGUCCUAGAGGACAAGCAUCUGCGGAAGGGUAAAGGUCUCGCUAUCAUGGAUCUGAUUCUGGUCAAUCUGAAACAGAUUGACGAUUUGAUAGUUCGAACGGAAUUGGCACAAAAGGAGCCUAAGCUCAACCCUUGGUUAGCAAAGGUUUUGAUUGCGGAACUCGUUUUCGGUAGAGGCGAGCUGAAUGGAGAAUCUCUACCGGUGCAAUGUGUGCGACGUUACAAAGAGUCAUUGCUGGAUGCGCUGAGUAAAUCCGACGUAGCUCCAGCAAAGUUAUUGGAUUUUAAAGAACCUCGCUACGUUCGUAUCAACACUAGCGUGUUGGCGCAGCCAGGUGCUCUCAGACUGCUACAGGAAGAAGGAUGGGUCCUCGUAGAUGAAGAGUUUACAAAUUACGCGGAUUUUCUUGAACGGGUCAAAAACUUAGGCGAUUCGGAGUUUUUGGUGGAUUUUCACUUCAAGGAAGUGCUGGUAUUUCCCAACAGCGCAAAAAAUUAUUGGGCUCGAGCGACCGAGCUGAAGCAAAAGUUUGUGCUACAGAAUAAAGCCUGUGUCCUACCAACUUAUCUGCUUAAUCCGACUAAGAAAAGCGUUGUCCUAGACAUGUGUGCCGCUCCGGGAUUAAAAACUACCCAUCUCGCCAACCUUAUGAAGAACAAGGGUCGUAUCUACGCCGUCGAACGGGAUGCCAACCGGUAUAAGGUGUUAUGUGACUACUCCGCUGAAUUCGGUGUGAUCAAAACGAUCAAUGACGACUGUCUGUUGGUUGGUGACGAGCAAGCGCCAGGAGUGGAAUACAUUCUGAUCGAUCCAAGCUGUUCCGGUUCCGGCAUGGUCGAUCGGUUGAAGCUGAAUGAAGAAAUCGACAAGCAAAGGCUGUACAAACUAGGAGGACUACAGUACAAACUGCUGUGCCACGCCAUGAAUGCCUUUCCCGCGGCUAAACGUAUCGUGUACUCGACCUGUUCGGUGUAUCCGGAGGAAAACGAAGAGAUCGUACAGGGUGCUCUGAAGCAUAAUGGUCAUUUCAAGCUGGCCGAUGCAAAGGCUUUGCUCGACAAGGAAUGGUUGAACGUUGGUUCGCCGGAUUAUGCUGGGAUAGGUGAGAAAUGCCUGUAUGCCCGACCGGAGAUAGAUCUAACGAUAGGAAUGUUUGUAGCCGUAUUUGAACGGUGUGACGAGGAUGAGUAUAAUGAAAUAUACUUAGCUCACGAGAAACAGAAGGAAAGUUACGAAAAGCUAUCUAAGUUUGGACAUGGUGAAUUCGGCCGUGGAAAAAGGAAAGUGAAAAAGAGAAAGCAUGGCGAAACGGAAGCAUCGUCGGACGGGGUGGUGCAAGACACUCAACCAGACAGAGAUUACUGUUUAGAAAACCCGUUGGAUGAUGCUGGUCAGAUUGAGGACAAAAAGAAGAAGAGGAAAUCUAGAAACAUUGAUGCAACCGAAAUCAUUUCACCAAUUGAACUCGCCGAUGAAGAAAAUAAUGCUGAUACCAAGGUGAAGAAAAAAAAGAAGUCUAAAGUAACAACUGACGAGCCAGAAAUUCUUGAGGAAAAUAAAAUUGUAGACGAAGAGAGCUUGAUCAAGAAGAAGAAAAAGAAAAGUAAAAAUCGAGAAUCAGAGGUUCUAGCGCAAACAGAAAUUUCGUCUUCUACGACAGACGAUGUUUCCAUUUCCAAAAAGAAAAAGAAGAAAAAGGAAAAGAACAAACCACUAGAUGUAGAGUGAAGAAUAUUUUGUAAUACUAUGUUCGUAUUUAGAUAAAUAUCUCACAAAGAAAA